AAUUACAAUAAUACGCAACAAAAACAAUCAAAUUUCUAGGAAUUAUUUCUUACAAACUUCAAGAUUCGUCAUCUUAGACUAAGCUCAGAAAAUCACUACACUUCUCUGCUUCAAGAUCGCUCUGUUUCAGCCAUUAAUCUUUGCUUUUCAUGGUCAGAUUAUCCGCUUUCGUCACUCCAGGGAGUUUUCCCCUUUUGAUCAAUCGCUUCUUUAUCUACGGUUCGAUCCCUACUCUGUUUUUCUGGUUCUUGCUUCUCUCUGGGGUUUUUGUCUCCGAGAUCUUCAAGAUCUUGGAAGAUUUCAUAAGUGCCUUCUUCUUUAAUUGAACGGCCGCACGUCAGGUUUUUAGGGCCGAAGGUUUUUUUAAACCCGGAUUUUUGGCGGUAGGGUUUUUCCGUUUUUGCCGAUUUGUUGGGUCAGUUAGAGAAUCAAGGUAUGUCGAUGUUUCCGAAAGCUGAGUCGAUCUAUAUCCGUGAGGUGUGGAACCAUAAUUUAGAGGAAGAGUUUGCUUUAAUACGUGAAGUCGUCGACCAAUUCAACUACAUAGCGAUGGAUACCGAAUUCCCCGGCGUGGUUCUGCGCCCUGUGGGUAAUUUUAAGAAUAUCAACGAGUAUAACUACCGAACCCUCAAAGACAAUGUCGACAUUUUGAAUUUGAUUCAGUUGGGUCUUACCUUUUCCGAAGAGAAUGGGAAUCUUCCAACAUGUGGUACCGAUAAGUAUUGCAUUUGGCAAUUCAAUUUCCGCGAGUUCAACAUUACUGAAGAUAUUUAUGCAACUGAUUCGAUUCAGCUUUUGCGCGACUCUGGAAUUGAUUUCAAGAAGAACAAAGAAGAAGGUAUUGAUGUCAACCGCUUCAGUGAGCUUCUCAUGUCAUCCGGGAUUGUCUUAAACGAUAGUGUUUACUGGGUGACGUUCCACAGCGGGUAUGAUUUUGGGUACUUGCUGAAAUUGUUGACUUGCCAAAUCUUACCAGACACCCAGGAGGAGUUUUUUGAUUUGAUCCAUACGUAUUUCCCAAUGGUUUAUGAUGUCAAGCAUUUGUUGAAGUUUUGCAACAGUGUCUAUGGUGGGCUCAGCAAGGUUGCAGAAACAUUAGAAAUUGAGAGGGUUGGAGUUUGUCAUCAAGCAGGAUCAGAUAGCCUCCUUACUGCCUGUACUUUCAGGAAGUUAAGGGAUACAUUUUUCAGUGGAUCUACACAGAAAUAUGCCGGUGUUUUAUAUGGUCUCGGUGUCGAAAAUGAACCGUCUACUGAUUGAAGACACUUACCAAGUAUUUGUAGCAUUGAUGGGUGUCUCUGUAUGAUGUUGUAAAUUAGUGCAGAUAGCAGUUAGUGUUUCAAUAGAACCUUAAUGGCACUCUUUAAGGUAGUGAUCUUGUUUGGUUAGAUGCUAUGCUAUAUGUGCCUUACAAUUCAUUGAAACUAUUAUACGUGAAAGAUAGAUGGAUAAAUGCAUAGACGUAGGAGAAAAAGAAAAAAGGCAAAGGCUGCUCACCUGACCCCAUCCAACCAACGACUUUCAUAGUAGUGGCAAUAGAGAACAUAUUUCCUCAAACUGUGAGCUCUGUGAUUUGAUUUUCUUUGCCUGGCCUGUUGAUGUGAUCCUUUAUCCUCGUACGUGUUGAUGCAGUUUUAUCUUUACCGAACACUGACAAUUGUUGAUAGAACCAUUAGCCUUUUUCACUUUUAUGAACAGAGAUCUUGUUUAAACCUUAUUACUGAGCAAUUCUGGUAGAGAGCUUAUUUGUUUCCUUCUCUAACUGCAUGUAUCUGAGUCUUCCAAGUUUUUUGGAGAAAUAGAUCCCAUGGAACAUUCCAAGAUUCUGUCCAUACAUGUGUUUUGCAGGCUUCCCUGUAGCUCUUUAUGUGCAGCUGCUUGUAUUUGAGCGGAGUUUUGAGGUAUCUUAAGUUUUUGUUAUUCUCUUAUUUGGGCGAUGCUUGAUUCGUACUUAUUAUGAACUCGAUGUGGUUGGCUCAAGUUAUCAAUCCAAAACUUGCUUAUCCCAUCCCGUUCUCGUCUGUCCUUGAAUGGCUUUCAGUAAGCAGCCUGAGACCUAAGCAAGUUGAAACGAAGAGUGGGACUGAAAUGGAGGAAUCAUUUUGAAAGCUCAAUCGUUUUCAUGUGAGGGGAAUCGACAUAGUUUCAAGUGUCAAGAAAAACAAAUACCUGGCGUUUCCCAUCACCGUCUUGAAUUGAGGAAGCUUCGAAUUCUUCUGGCACCUCUGUAGGUAAGCGAGUCGAUUCUUGUAAUGGUGGCGAGGCACGAGCAAGCUGCUACUCUGGGAAUUACCAGGCAAAUCUUCAAACACAUGUUAAGGAAACAUGUAAAUAAAAGUACCAAACUCUCUACCCAUGUAUGCUUUGCACCUUGCCAAACACUUUCUUAGUUAUAGCGUUCAGAUUUAGCUGAUAAUGAAUGAAUAAAACUGUUGUUCUUAGCUUUUGCCAUC